AUGGUUGGCAGACUCGAAGGCAAGAACGCCAUUGUCACCGGCGCAGCUGGCGGCAUCGGCCUGGAAACAACAAUCCUCAUGCUCCGCGAAGGCGCCUCGGUCCUAAUGACAGACAUAAAUGAAACCACCCUCACAAGCGCCCUCGAAAAAGUCAACAAGAUCAUCCCCUCCACCUCCCGCACCGGCAAAGUCGAAACCAAAGCAGUAGAUGUAUCCCAAGAAUCCCAAAUCGAAGCCGCAAUCGCCCACCUCGACUCCUGGGGCGGGCUAGACGUGAUCUUCAACAACGCAGGCAUCAUGCACCCCAAGGACGGCGACGCCGAGGAGUGCCCGGAAGAUAUCUGGGACCGCACGAUGAACAUCAAUGUCAAGGGCGUGUGGUUCGGGUCGAAACAUGCCGUGCGCGCAUUCCGACGCCAUGGCAAGAAGAGAGCUUCUGUUAUUAAUACUGCUAGUAUGGUUGCGCUUGUUGGGGCUGCUACGCCGCAGUUGGCGUAUACUGCUAGUAAGGGGGCCGUUCUUGCUAUGACGCGUGAGCUGGCUAUUGUUCAUGCUCGGGAGGGAUUCAGGUUCAAUUCGCUUUGUCCGGCGCCGCUUAACACGCCUCUUUUGCAGGAUUGGCUUGGUGAUGAUAAGGAGAAGCGGUUCCGUCGUGAGGUUCACUUCCCCAGUGGACGGUUUGGAGAGGCUAUUGAGCAGGCUCAUGCCGUUAUCUUCCUUGCUAGUGAUGAGAGCAGCUUUGUCAAUGCUACCGACUUUGUUGUCGAUGGCGGCUUGACCAAGGCUUAUGUUACACCUGAGGGACCUGCGACGGAGGCACCGAGGAACUUGGCUUCGUGA